CUUGUAUCAACGUGUGUGUGUGUGUGUGUGAGGUUUGAUCUGUUUUCACUCUCUGUGUCAGAUCCUGCCCUCGUCUGAUUCACCUCAGGUUAUGAAACACUUGUUUCCUCACAGAUGUCAAAGAAUUGUCAGUGGACACGAAUCGCCAGGAUGUUGCAUUAUGGGAUGUAUUAUGUUUUACAUGUGAGGAACACAAUAUUAUAGCAUGUGUGUGUAGGGGUGUGUGUGUGGGGGGGACACGCCUCUGUUUCUGCCCUCCUCUGACUACAGCGUGUCACAGCCUGUGAGGAGGCAGGACGUCAUUCACUUUAUUAUUGGGCAAGACCAGAGACAUGACAGAGUGUGGGACGGACGGCAGAGGUGGACAGAGCAGAGACGCCGAGACGCUGAGACAUCAGAACAUCAGAUCCUGGAGCAGCAUGACCAACGUCACUGCCGCCCCCCAGCUGCCCACCGACAACAGCACAAACCACGAGAGUGACAGCGUGGUGAGCAAUGACUUCUCCACCAGCGUCGGCGCCCUCAUCCUCAGCCUGGUCUUCCUCCUGGGAGUUCCUGGAAACUUCUUCAUCGUCUGGAGCAUCCUGGCCCGCAUCCGACGACGCUCAGUCACCACCAUCCUCAUCCUCAAUCUGGCGUUUGCGGACGGCUUCCUAAUGAUCCUCACCCUCUUCUUCAUCGUCUACCUGGCCAUGCAGUCGUGGGUCUUCGGGACAGUCCUGUGCAAAGGCCUGUUCUACCUGUGCAACGCCAACAUGUACGCCUCCAUCUUCCUGAUCACGCUGAUGAGCGUGCACAGGCUGGUGGCCGUGGUUUACCCCAGGAGACUGAAAUUCCUCACCACCAAGAAGAUUGUGAGGAGGGUGAUUGCGGUCACGUGGCUGUUGGUGAUGGUCAUCGCCAUCCCAUCGUUGGUCUUCAGGGACGUGAGGAUAGACAAGGAUGAACGGAAUAAAGUCAGACUGGUGUGUGCGCCCAACCACACCUUGGCUCGUCACGUACGCUUCCAGUACACCCUGGAGACGGUGUCAGGAUUCAUCCUUCCUUACGCCAUCAUCAUAACCAGCUACGUCCUCAUCCUCAGACGCAUCAGGCAGACCAAGUUCCAGAGGAGGAUCCGCAGCGAGAAGCUCAUCCUGACCAUCGUGGUCAUGUUCGGCCUCUUCUGGCUGCCGUACCACAUCAUCAACAUGAUACAGGUUGCAGCAGAGUGGUAUCCAGAAAAUUCUUCCACCAGAGAAGUCUUGGAGCGCAUCUAUCAGUCCAGCCGUGCGGUCACCUCAGCUCUGGCCUUCAUCAGCAGCUGUGCUAACCCUGUGCUCUACACAUUUGCCGGAAAAUCCUACAUAAAGAAGAACGGCCUGGCCUUCAUGGCCAAGCUCUUCGAGGGGAUAACGUCAGACCAGACGGGGAUCAAGAAGAGUCGAUCGGCGGGAAACACCAACGACAUCAGCAACGUCUCCUCGACCAGCACGACUCUACAGAACGGAAGAUGAGACUCUGACGGCGUUCAGGUCACGACUGUGCGUUUUUAAAAAACACACAUAAAACCAAAAGCACUGGCCCAAACACAUUUAGUAUUUUAAUCUGUGGAAAAGUUUAAGUCCAGCAUUAAUGUUUGUCCUGUAAAUACUUUAUUUUGUAACAAAAUUGUUCACGGUACUUCACGGAAAAUACAUAUUACAGCACGUUAGUGCCAGCACACAGGGGUCUCCAACGUGCCGCCCUUUUCCAAGUAGCUCUAAAGGCUAAUGAAUCUAACAUUUAUAUUUAUAUUUAUUUAUGAUUAACCAACAGGGGAUUCAAUAGACAAAACUUACUGACCACAGAGCAGUCAUUUCAGGAACAAUGUUGGCAAUAACACAAAAAAUAACUAGAGAAUAUUAUUUAUAUUUUGUCACUUUGUUUUAAUUUAUUUUUUGUUACUUUUAAUUUAUAAUAAAGUUUAACAGCAGAAUAGCAAAUUCUCAAACCAGUCAAAUCAAAACUCUCCAAGUCUUUCCUCUGUUCCUCAAAAGAGUUUAUAUUUUUUUCACAAACAGGUUUUUUUAGUCCAUUUUUGACUAAACAAAUAGAUGAUGGGGGUGUUGUGUCACAAAUUACAUGAGUGCAAAGGAAAGUAUGAAAAACACACAAAAGAGUUACAUUUUACUCAUUUAAUUAUUUUGAUAAUUCUAUAAUGACUUAAUGAAGUGAUACCUGAUCUGGUGGUAAGAGAAUUAGUGAAGAAACCCGGGUUUAAUAGUGGUCUCUUUUGCAUUUUUAAAACGUUGACUAAAUAAGCU